AGGCUCUGAGUAGUUCGUCUUCACCAUAACCAUUCGUCUUCGGUCAUAAAGCCGUCUAUUAAUCAGCUGUGGCCUACUACCUUUAUCUCUCUCGGAUUUUACCGCCCACUUGCUCCCCAUGCUCCAAAAUGUCAGAGUCUCACUGACUAGCACUGACUUCAACCGACUUUGUGGAAUGUGUGAAACCGCGAUCUUCCGUUGCUCGCGCGACCAUGCGGGCGAGAGACAGGGUUCCAUUAAUAGCCGCCUCGAGGGUUCAACGUUCAAGCAAAUAAGGUGCCGUUUUCUAGCGUUUUCUGCGCGUUCAACGCCCGAACCUCGAUCGAGUGAAGUCUAGUAAAGUCCUUAUUAGUCCAGGUUCCAAUUGACUAUGGAAAUCGGACGGCGCGUCAAACAAUUUGCCUCGAUCCCUCGGAUUUUAAACCGCCGGAUUGCACCCUCCCAAGAGCUUGAACAGGUAAAUCAUAUGUCGUCGAAAUUAUGCGCUUGGCAACCAAUGGUGCUCAUGGUCGAUAUCCAUCGUUCUAGUUGACUGUAUAAAAAUCAUUGGACCCAGCAUGUUUGUGUUUUCUUCAAGUGUGCUGCCCCCUGCUUACGAUCCAACAUGCGCGCCGACGACGACAAGACUCUGGCAUCAACGAGCGUAUCUCGAUGUCCUAGCCCCCCACCACCAGAGUAUGAAAUAGUUGCCUUCCAUGAAAACGAUCCAGACGACCCGACGAACUGGUCCACAAAGCGUAAAAAUGGUAUCCUAACUAUGAUCUGCCUGCUAGGCUUCGCAGCUGUCUUUGGAUCAUCAUCAUAUGCUCCAGGAACAAUGCAGAUACGCAUGCUAUAUGGUGUCAGUGACACAGUUGCGAGUUUAGGGGUGGCGCUGUAUGUCGCUGGUUUCGGUAUCGGCCCACUAUUUUCAGGACCUAUAACUGAGAUGUAUGGUAAACGGAAACCAUAUCUCAUUUCCUGGGCACUGCUGAUAGCCACGACUGUGCCUUCCGCCUUUGCUGAGAAUCUCGCCGUGAUAUUAGUUUUUAGAUUCUUGUCCGGGGUCUGUGCCUCGUGUCCAUUGAAUACGGGCGCCUCCGUGAUUGCUGAUUUAUACAUUCACGACCUCCCAAAUCUUGGAAAAGCUGUUGUUCUCUUUUCAACCGCCGCCCUUCAAGGUCCAGUCAUUGGCUCACUAGUUGGGUUCUUCAUUGCCGCACACUCAGGCAGACAGCUAUGGGUGAUCCGGGUCCACUUCUUCUUUUGUGUUGCUUUGAUUCCAUUGGUUCUCCUCUUCCCUGAAACAUAUCCGCCGGAGAUAUUGUUGCAAAGGGCAAAGAGGAUGCGAAAAGAAGGGAAGACUAACGCCCGUGCUGCUCAUGAGCUACACGGCAAGACAACUAUGCAAGUCGUCCAAGGACACGUUUUCCGACCCAUGGCGAUGAUUAUCAGAGAACCGAUUGUCCAAGGGUCGGCGGCAUGGAUAUCACUGGGAUAUGGAAUUAUCUACUUCUUCUUCCAAGCCUUCCCCAUCGUAUUUAUCAAGCAGCAUGGAAUUCCCUUUCAACUUUGUGGUCUUUUAUUCAUCGGAGUGACACUGGGCAUGUUGCUCGCCGUGUUCCCAUACGCCUGGCUUAUCAAAACAUUCCGACGACUACCGCUACCUGGCAUUGAUAAGCCAGGCAAUGAAACGCAGCCAGAGUCGACCUUGAAGGUCGUGCUAACCGCUUGCGUCCUGUUACCCGCAUCCAUGUUUUGGUUCGCAUGGGCAAGCGGACCCGAGACACAUUGGAUUGUGGCUACUCUGGCUGGCAUUCCGUUUGGGUACUCCUCCCUGAUGGUCUUCUUUGCCUUCCUUUCAUACAAUGCUCACACUUAUGGCGUAUAUGCCUCAAGUGCUGGCGCAGCCAAUACGUUUGUGCGUUCAUUGGUCGCUGCGUCAUUUCCGUUGUUCGCAACCCCUAUGUUGGAGGACCUUGGGACGAAAUGGGGCAUAUCUGUAUUCGGAUUUUUGUCCGUGUUUCUCCUACCGAUACCACUCAUUUACAUUCGGUAUGGGGAAGCCUUACGAGCAAGGUCGCACUUUGCGAGAGAGGCUCGUGAGCUAGCAGCCGGUAUGCAUCAUAAGCAUAAGGUGCCGGAGGAUGAGAAGCGGCGUGAGACCGUGGAGAUCGGAGAGGUUUAGUUCGCUAGAGCAGAUAGGAAGAACCGCGAAGGUAAAGGACUGGCGACAUAGACAAUGACCCAUUUCAAGUUUUAAAUAGAUCAUUUCAUGCUACUAUGUAUAGAGGUACUUAGAUUACUCGAGUAUGUUGAAAUACCGGAUUAAUACUCAUGUACGUAUUUGCGGAAAGGCUGUAUGGCUCAAUAUCUAAGCAGACUACUCACAUUACAUGAUAUCUACCUUACAAGCC